GCCCCGAGGCCCCGCGGAGAAGGGGGGGCUCCGCGCAGCUCCGCGCCUCAGCGGGUUUCGUUUUUGCACUGAAUGUAGCCAGGACGGAUCCUUGUGGGCUUUGGCAGCCCUUGGAAACUGUCAAAGGCAGUAUUUUGCAUUUCUGCAGAGCUUUGCACAGAUCCUGUUCCCAUGCAAACUGAUGAGGGAGAAAUACUGGAGGAAGGCAGUCCCAAGGUCAGUGAGAUGGAACAUGAGGAUUUUGUAAUGGAGGGGCAUGGCAAGACUCCACCUCCUGGUGAAGAAAACAAACAAGAGAAGGAGCAAGAAAGGGAAGAACAGUUAAUGGAAGACAAGAAAAGGAAGAAAGAGGAUAAGAAAAAGAAGGAAUCUGCUCAGAAGGUCACAGAUCAAAAAACCAAAGUGCCCGAAGUGACGAAACCAAGUUUAAGCCAACCAGUGGCUGCCAGCCCAAUUGGCAACUCUCCAUCGCCACCAGUCAAUGGUGGCAACAAUGCCAAAAGGGUGGCAGUGCCGAACGGACAACCGCCAAGCGCCGCCCGCUACAUGCCUCGGGAGGUGCCGCCGCGAUUCCGUUGCCAGCAGGACCACAAAGUGUUACUGAAACGUGGGCAGCCCCCUCCGCCAUCCUGUAUGCUCCUUGGGGGUGGAGCAGGGCCUCCCCCCCCAACAGCACCAGGAGCAAACCCAAACAACGCACAACCAGUGACAGGAGCACUGCUGCAGAGCGACAGUGGGACUGCAACAGAUUCAACAAUUGGAGGUGCUGCUGCUUCAAAUUAUGCAAAUUCCACUUGGGGUCCUGGAGCCUCCUCCAACAGCGGCACCAACGCCAACCCAACUCACAUCUGGGACAAGGUGAUUGUAGACGGGUCUGACAUGGAAGAGUGGCCUUGUAUUGCCAGCAAAGAUGCUGAGUCUUCUUCCGAAAACACCACCGAUAACAACAGUGCCUCGAACCCUGGCUUGGAGAAGAACACUCUGCCAGGAAGCACCACUAGUAACAAAGGAAAAGGAAGCCAGUGCCAGUCUGGAAGCGCUGGAAACGAAUGUAAUCUUGGGGCCUGGAAAUCCGAUCCCAAGGCUAAAUCUGUUCAAUCUUCCAACUCUGCUGCCGAGAGUAACAAUGGACUAAGUAAUUGGAGGAACUUGACUGGACAAGAUAGAAUUGGUCCUGGUUCUGGCUUCAGCAACUUUAACCCAAAUAGCAACCCAUCUGCUUGGCCGGCACUGGUUCAGGAGGGCAGUUCUAGGAAAGGGACUUUGGAAUCUGAUAGUGGUAGCUCCAAUGCACAGAUUAGCACAGUAGGUCAGACCUCUAGGGAACAGCAGUCAAAGAUGGAAAAUGCGGGUGUUAACUUUGUCUCUGGCAGAGAACAGGCUCAAAUUCAUAACACUGAUGGACCAAAAAAUGGAAACACUAACUCCUUGAACUUAAGUUCACCAAACCCUAUGGAGAAUAAGGGAAUGCCCUUUGAAAUGGGCUUGGGGAACCCUUCCAGGAGCACUGACACCCCUUCACAAAGCACUGGAGAAAGAAAGACUGGGAGUGUUGGAUCUUGGGGUACAGCUAGGGGGUCUUCUGGAACUGACACAGUCUCUGGACAGAGCAAUUCUGGAAACCAUGGGAACAAUGGGAAGGAUAGGGAGGACUCCUGGAAAGGAGCAUCUGUUCAAAAACCUAAUGGGUCAAGAAGUGAUUCUUGGGAUAACAAUAACCGGUCUACGGGUGGUGGGUCUUGGAACUUUGGCCCUCAGCAUGCAAACGAAAGCAAAUGGGGUGAAGGGAACAAAUUAACAUCUGGGGUCUCUCAGGGAGAAUGGAAACAGCUGUCUGGGUCUGAUGAACUGAAGAUUGGAGAAUGGAGUGGUCCAAACCAACCAAAUUCUAGCACUGGAGCAUGGGACAAUCAAAAAGGCCACCCUCUUCCUGAAAACCAAGGCAAUUCCCAGGCUCCCUGUUGGGGAAGAUCUUCCAGCUCUGCGGGAAGUGAGGUUGGAGGUCAAAGCACUGGAAGUAACCACAAAGCAGGAAGUAGUGACAGUCACAAUUCUGGACGCCGAUCAUACAGGCCUACACAUCCCGAUUGCCAGGCAGUCUUGCAGACUUUGCUGAGCAGGACUGAUUUGGACCCCCGAGUGCUUUCAAACACUGGCUGGGGCCAAACUCAAAUUAAGCAAGAUACCGUGUGGGAUAUUGAAGAGAUGCCACGGCCCGAGGGGAAGUCUGAUAAAGGAACUGAGGGGUGGGAGAGCUCUGCCACACAGACAAAGAACUCAGGGGGCUGGGGCGAUGUACCCAGCCAAAGCAAUCAAAUCAAGUCUGGAUGGGGUGAGCUCUCAACCCCAACAGAGUGGAAGGAUCCCAAAAAUACUGGAGGAUGGAAUGACUAUAAGAACCCCAAUUCUUCUAAUUGGGGAGGGGGAAGACCAGAAGAAAAAUCGUCGUCUUCUUGGAAUGAAAGCUCUAGUAAGGAUCAGGGGUGGGGUGGACGGCAACCUAAUCAAGGAUGGUCUUCUGGAAAGAACGGUUGGGGAGAGGAAGUUGACCAAACAAAAAACAGCAACUGGGAAAGUGCAGGAAACAAGCCAGUGUCUGGUUGGGGUGAAGGUGGGCAAAACGAGAUUGGAACUUGGGGUAACAGUGCAAAUACAGGCUCUGCUUCAAAGGGUGGAUGGGAUGAUUGUAAAAGAAAUUCAACAUGGAACGAGACGGGUCGACAGCCCAACUCCUGGAACAAGCAGCAGCAGCAGCACCAGCAGCAACAGCAGGAGACUUCUGGUUCCUGGGGUCCAUCACCACAAACUCCAAGUAAUGGGCGACCUCCAAACCCAAACUGGAACAGCGGACCGCAACCAGCUGCCCCCAAAGAUGAGGAGCCUAGUGGCUGGGAAGAACCUUCUCCACAGUCAAUCAGUCGAAAAAUGGAUAUUGAUGAUGGCACUUCAGCGUGGGGAGAUCCUAGCAGUUACAACUACAAGAAUGUGAACCUGUGGGACAAGAACUCGCAAGGAGGACAGGCCCCACGGGAACAGAGCCUGCCUACUCCAAUGACUGGCAAAUCACAAGCAUCAGUCUGGAGCAAAAGCACUCCACCUGCUCCAGAUAAUGGUACGUCCGCCUGGGGUGAGCCAAAUGAAACCAGUCCCGGGUGGGGUGAAGUAGAUGAUACAGGAGCAUCGACAACAGGCUGGGGGAAUGCACCUUCCAACGCCCCGAAUGCCAUGAAAUCUAGAGUCCGUGCAGCUGCUAUGAAGGUUUCAGCUCAACUAAAGUCAUGUUCUAAAUCUAUGCAAGAUGGCUGGGGAGAGAGUGAUGGGCCAGUGACAGGAACGCGUCACUCCAGCUGGGAAGAGGAGGAGGAGGGAGGAGUCUGGAACACAGCAGGCUCUCAGGGAAGCAGUUCCUCCCACAACUCAACAAGCUGGGGGCAAGGAGGAAAGAAAACACAAAUGAAGUGCUCAUUAAAAGGAGGAAAUAGCGAUUCAUGGAUGAACCCUAUAUCCAAACAGUUUUCAAAUAUGGGCUUGCUAAGUCAAACUGAGGACAUUCCAGGCAGUAAGAUGGACUUGUCUGUAGGUGGUCUCCCAGAUAAGAAGUUUGAGGUAGAUAAACGAGCCAUGAAUCUCGGGGAUUUUAAUGACAUAAUGAGAAAGGAUCGAUCUGGGUUCCGUCCACCUAAUUCCAAAGACAUGGGAACUACAGAUAGUGGGCCUUAUUUUGAGAAGGGUGGCAAUCAUGGUUUGUUUGGAAACAGCACAGCACAAUCGAGGGGCAUGCACACACCAGUGCAGCCACUAAAUCCUUCCCCCAAUAUCCGGGCGCAAGUGCCUCCCCAAUUUCUUUCUCCCCAGGUUUCGGCCUCCAUGCUCAAGCAGUUCCCCAACAGUGGCUUGAAUCCAGGUCUUUUCAAUAUGGGGCCCCAGCUUUCUCCGCAACAGAUUGCCAUGCUGAGCCAGCUUCCACAGAUUCCUCAGUUUCAAUUAGCAUGUCAGCUCCUCCUUCAGCAGCAGCAGCAGCAGCAGCAGCAGCUGUUACAGAGCCAGAGGAAGUUAUCUCAAGCUGUGCGACAACAGCAGGAGCAACAGAUUGCUCGUAUGGUGAGUGCCCUCCAGCAGCAGCAGCAGAGACAGCCUGGUAUGAAGCAUUCACCAUCCCACCCUGUCGGGCCUAAGCCGCAUAUAGACAGCAUGGUACCCAAUCCCUUGAAUGUGGGCCUCUCAGAUUUACAGACCAAAGGGCAAAUACCUGGAUACGGUUCAGGCUUCGGCUCAAGUGGCAUGGAUUAUGGCAUGGUGGGAGGGAAAGAAGCUGGAACAGAAUCCCGCUUUAAACAGUGGACUAUGAUGGAAGGGCUGCCCUCUGUGGCUUCUCAAGAUGCCAAUAUGCACAAAAAUGGUGCAAUAGUGCCCCCUGGAAAGGCUCGCGGAGGAUCGCCCUACAACCAGUUCGACAUAAUUCAGGGCGACCCACUAGGUGGCCACGCAGGCCCUGCUGGUGAUAGUUGGUUACCUGCCAAAUCUCCACCGACGAACAAGAUCGGAAGUAAAUCCAGCAACGCCAGCUGGCCUCCAGAGUUCCAACCAGGAGUGCCAUGGAAAGGUAUACAAAACAUUGACCCUGAAUCGGACCCCUAUGUGACCCCUGGAAGUGUGCUGGGGGGGACAGCCACAUCUCCCAUUGUAGAUACCGACCACCAACUUCUGCGGGACAACACCACAGGGUCUAAUUCUUCCCUCAACACCUCGCUGCCUUCACCUGGUGCCUGGCCCUACAGUGCCUCUGACAAUUCCUUCACCAACGUUCAUAGCACUUCAGCAAAAUUCAGUGAUUACAAAUCAACAUGGUCCCCAGAUCCCAUAGGACACAAUCCCACUCAUCUCUCCAACAAGAUGUGGAAAAACCAUAUUUCCUCAAGGAACACUACAGGGCUGCCCCGCCCGCCUCCUGGCCUGACCAACCCCAAACCAUCAUCUCCAUGGAACAGCACAGCACCCCGAUCGGUCAGGGGCUGGGGGGCACAGGACUCAAGGCUUGCCUCUGGUGAGAAGAAUCAUCUGAUAGCACCAUUGAUCAGACCUGAGGAGUGUACGUUUUACAGCACUAAUGGUUUGGAGGAAAGAAAGUUGCAGUUGCCUGCAUCUACUUGGAGUGAUGGUAGCUCAGUUCGUCCUAGUUACUGGCUGGUUCUUCACAAUCUCACUCCACAGAUUGAUGGGUCAACCUUGAGGACGAUCUGCAUGCAGCACGGCCCACUGCUGACAUUCCAUCUGAACCUGACCCAGGGCACCGCCCUCAUCCGAUACAACACCAAACAGGAGGCGGCCAAGGCCCAGACUGCACUGCACAUGUGUGUGUUGGGAAACACUACCAUCCUGGCUGAGUUUGCCACAGACGAAGAGGUUAGUCGCUUUCUGGCACAAGCUCAGCCCCCUACACCUGCAGCAACCCCAAGUGCACCCACGGCAGGCUGGCAAUCCCUGGAGACGGGACAGAACCAGACAGAUCCAGUUGGACCUGCUUUGAAUCUCUUUGGUGGGUCAACAGGGCUUGGGCAGUGGAGCAGUGGUGGCGGCGGCGGCAGCAGUGGGGGCGAUCUCACUGGCGCUUCAUUGUGGGGGCCCCCAAACUAUUCUUCAAGCUUGUGGGGGGUCCCAAGCGUAGAGGAUCCACACAGAAUGGGCAGCCCUGCUCCCUUACUACCUGGAGACCUUCUGGGAGGAGGGUCGGAUUCAAUCUGAACUUAGAACUUUCAACUCUGACCUCGUGACCUUUUUUGGAACAGCAGCAGCACUAACUUGACCUUUUCGUUUUUUUCAACUUGCAAUAAAUACAUUUAUAAAAGGAAAAAAGAAAACGGAGAGAGAAAAAAAGGUGGGUCAUUGACAGACUGUCUGAGCACAUAGUUGCCUCCCUUAUAUAACUUCAGUUUUUUCGUUUGGAAUAUGAAUCCAAAAAGAGAACAUAUCACUCUUGAAAUACUUGAAUCAUGAACGCCAACUUAGAAAGACAAUGUGAAGCAAGUACACAUACCAUUUAAAUCUAAACACAAAAAAUUAAAAAAAUUAGUUUCUAGUUUUUCACUUUUUCAUGUUAUACGGAAGUUGUUGCUAAGAAACAUAUAUACUGAAAAAAUAGCUUUUUAACUUUGUUUGCACUGGGUGUGUUUCCGUCCUUAGGUCUACCAUGUUGGGUUGGGGCAGGGGUGGGAUUCAAAAGAAAAAAAGGGGUGGGGGGGAGGGGAAGACUUGACGGAGCCUCACUUUAAAAACAAAAAACAAAAUAAUAAUUAAAAAAUUAAAAAAUGAAAAAACAACAAAAAAAAACAAAACAGAAAACAAAACAAAAAAACCAACACUUCGUGAUUGGCUGGUUGAUAAGUACCAGUAUGUUCUGGCACAUGUAACUGCCCACGUGUGCUUGUUUCUGUGUGAGUGCGUGUGCACAUGUUCGUGUGUGUGCAUUUUUUCUCUAUAUAUAUAAUCUUGAAACGCUGCAUUGCUGAUGGUCUACGGGCUGGCUGGCCAUCUGCGUGUCUUGAUUCUGAAAACAAGACAAGCACGGUGGAGUCCCUGUGGCUGAAGCAGAAUCCAGUUGGGCUGGAUUAAAAUUUGUCAGUAGGUUUUUUUAAAUUCAUCUUAGCAGGGUGCUAUCUCAAGUUUGCAGAUCAUACUGAGUGGGUAGUCGCUUCCUAGCCCUUGUUCUAAGCCUGUGGUAGAGCGGAACACUGCCAUAUCCAAAGGAUUUGGUGAGAGGGGAGCCAAUGUUGUCUUUUGAGUAGCAGUGUAUUUAUUUAUUUAUGUCUGCAUGUGGGGUUUUUGUACUGAGUGAACCCUAGAAUGUUUGUUAUAUAAUGCAAGCCAUUUUUUUUCUUCAGAAGAGGGGAGGAAAGAAGUCAUUGCCAUUUUUGUGUGACAAAGACGAAUGUUCUUACUCAGUCUCUUGCAAGCUUCAGUACCUUGAAAGAAAAAGAUGAGCGUUUGUUUUCUCCCCCGAAUGCAUAAACAAGCACCCAUAUUCAUUUGCAAAGAAUCCAUCAAAACCCUGAAAGUCCAGCCCAACCAAAUUAGCCUUUAAUUGAUUUACUGCUUGUAUUAAAACUGACAAAAAUGAAAUCGUGUCAGCAAAUCGCUGGCCGGCCUGCCUCAUCUCCUGAAAGCACAUGCAGCUAACUCCUUUCUGCGUCUUCACGGUGAGCGUUACCUGUGCCAGGCCUUGGUGUAUUACAACGCCAGACCAUCACUGACAGAAACGUUUACUUACGAAUGUUCUUAAACCAGUGUGUACUUCAAACGUUUCCUUUUGUUUCUCUGUGUUGUGUUUUUUCCUGUGUACGUGGUUUUGCUUAGGGAGGUAUAUAACUAGCAAAGACUUUUUUUUUUUUUUUAAAGUAUUGCACCUUUUUGUUUUUUUGUUUUUACUUUUUCUGUACUGUUGCUUUUUAAUUUCUGUAUUUAAGGAAAGGUUUGGGGUUUUUUUUAGCAUCAGUGUAAGUAGUACCCUGGGCAGGAUAGGGGUAACCUAUAUAAUCCACAGUGAUAGCCAGUGUGUGCGUGCAUGUGUGCGCCGGGAACAAAACUUCCAAGACUGCUUGUUGGGAGGCGACUUGCAGCAGCCUUGAAGGAGCAUCCCUCUACACAAAGCCAGAAGUCUUUAGGAGGGGGGACUGGGAAAAAAGGGAAGAGAGAUGCCGGUACUUUUUCUGUAAGUGCUAGCACUUCCGCGUGGCGUUGUCUAGCUGUCAUACUGUGUAACGAAGUGCCGACGUUGAGUACCAGCAGAUACCUGUCCAUUCCAACCCUCAGCGGGAGCAGUUCUCCGUUUUCAUUGCCUGUCCGGGGGGGAGGAUAGGGGAGCCUCUUUCUUCAGCGUUUCAUUGAAGGAUACAACAGUGUCUAUUACAUUUAACUCUUAAGUUGGGUGGGGAGAAGUAAAAGCAGAUAGGAGUGAGGUAGGGGUGUGUGUGUGCGUGUGCGUGCGUGUGCCUGUGCUGGGGCGGGGGGAAGGCCUAGGGAGUUACGUGGCUUUUUUGAAUUCGCCCUUUCUGUGUAAACCCAAUGUCACAAGGAAGGCUGACUGAGGGAAAUGCUGCAUUUACACAUGCCUGUAGAUUCGUAUGCAAAGUGUUAUGUGACAAAAAGUAUGAGUAGGUUCGUUUUUGCUUAGUAAACUGGAGCGUGCAGCAUACUCUGGCCCCGUUUGGAUAUACUUUCCUAUCACGUCUCCUUCAUCCCACCAUGCACAAAGAAACAAAAACCUUCUCUUCCAGCUCCUGCUAGCUAGCUGCCCCUCGCCUGCACGCAUCUGCAAAGCUUCGCUUCCAAUAGCCUCCGCUUGAAGACCGGCCGCGCUCCCACACGCAGAGCAGGUGUCGAGCAGCCCUGUGCCAGCAGUACUUCCUAGCGAAGCACCUAGCGAAGGGCCCGAGUCGAGCAAGUGCCCGUGCUCUCCCGUGGUUUGGUCUACGUGCUGGUUCAUCGCUGUGCUCCACCCUCACUUCUCUCUCCCAGCCUGCCCUAAGGUCCCUUUUCCUGCACUUUGGGUUAGUUGAGUUCCUUGCGAUACUACCGUGAAAGCCGGGUGCUAGAGCCCCUCUUGUUUACAAGACGUAAUGAGGGAUUUGAAAUAUUUAAAAAAAAAAAAAAAAAGAAAAGCUAAAUUGUUCUUCCAUUGUAAGCUUAAAGGGAAAAAAGAUUAAAACGUACAAAAAAAAAAAAAGACCAAAAAGUGCAUAUAUAUAUUUUAGAUGAAGACUAACUCUGGGAGCAUUUAACAGUGUUUUUGUUUUUAUUUUAACAUUUUGUUUUCCUGCUUUAAAUUUGCAAGCAUUCUCAGGAAUUCUAGGGUAGGAAGCCAGUUUUUUGAAGAUGGUUUAUUUAACCUUAUCCUAGAUAGAUGGCUGUUUCUUGUUGAUAAACUUUUACAAGUUCCUGAAUCUUCAAAAUGUUUGAAAGUUUUUACUUUAAAAUAAAAAUGCUAAAAAAAUUAAUAAAAAGAAAAAGAAAAAAAAAGAAAAAAAAUCUCCAAAUGUUACUGUCAAGCGGGGGAUCAAGGAUUUGAAAGACUGUAUAAGUUAAAAUACGUCAAAACUUCUCAAGAUCAGCAACAGAAAUCCAUUGUGAUCUGAAGUUGGGGGAGAGGAAGGGUUAUCGUUCGUAGUGCUGUGUCACUCACGCAGACAUACGCAGUUGCAUGGAGAAGAGAAGUGCGUGAAUGGAAAUCUAUCACUUUGUUCCCUUUCGAUUGAAACUAAAAUAUUCUUCCAAGCACCUUUUUCAAAGCAAAGUGAAACUGUAAACCUAACAAAAAAUGCAGUAUAGUUUAUCCGAACGAGUCCUCAGUUAGGGGUAGCAGCAGGAAAUACACGAUGGUGCUUCUUUAAACCACUUGUAUGUAGUGCUAAAGAAAACCAGUGCUGACAGAAAACCCAAGAAUGAAGUAGUUUGAGCCUGCCUUUUCCCAUACAGAAAAGGGAGGCGAUGUGGAAAAACUCCAGUAAAACGUCCCUUAGAAAUCAACUUCGCUGUUUUCAGCUCUUUGCUCAGUUUUAUUGCCCACUUGGAGAUUUGCUGCUUGCUUUUCUUCACCCCCCAGCCCGCCCCCCCGACCUUUCUGUUUUGUUUUACAGGAGGGGAAAAGCUGUUAAAACUCUUUGUGUUCCCCCUAUUGCUGCUGGCUGUCAGGGCGUUCGGUCUUGAACUCGAGAGCUCGGUGCUGGGACGGCUGCCUUCUGGCCCCCAGCUCCAAGGCUCGGGGGCUCGCUCCGCCUGAAGUGGCCAGGCUUGAACCACAGAAACCGCGCUAGUGCCUUUUUCCACGCACCCGCAUGCCCUACGGUAGGGGAAGGGAGGGAAGGCGAGGCAGUAGAGUUGCUUAAUGGAAAUGUACCCGCUUUUAAAGAAAAAAAAAAAAAAAAGAGCAUGCUGCGUAAGCAGGUCGUGCGUCGAGUUACAUAACAGUAGUUAGGAUUACUGGUUAAAAAAAGUCAGAUGCCAAAUUUCUGUGCUUUCCGUAUCAGUUGCCCAGUGGUUUCGUGUUGUGCUCUGUGUACAUAUGAGUGUAUACGUGUGUGUCGAUUCCAACGCAUCAACUAGUCUGGAGGAAAAAAAAAAUACGUAUGGUAGGCCAGUAGAGGAGCGUUCAUUUGGGAGUUCAAGAUUAUUUUUAAUUUUAUUUUGUGAUUUUUAAGGAGAGAAAAUGAGUAUUUUUUUUAGCCAGAGGCUGUGUUUUCAUCAAACCAGCGGUGUCCUAAAAAAGCAGAAAUGUAGGAUUUUAUCAAAAAGAGCCCAGGAGCUUGGCAAUCACUUGGAAGUGAAUUGUGACUGCUGAAGGCUUGCAGCCUGGAGCCUCAGUCAUCUUCUGGGUCCAAACCUACUGUCAUGCAGCAGUCUGCUCCUCCGUGCCCUAAAGGCACAGGCCUGCGAAUGAUGCUGGCCAUCUCCUCAGUGAUAGUUUUCCUGAAUUGUCAAAGCAAAGCCACGUUAAUCUUACUGCUUUCCAACUACAGGUGACAGUUCUCUUCCUCUUUGAAUUCUGUGUAGCUAACAGUGAUGUUGCUGGUGCGGCGCAGUCCUGGCAUCCCUAACCUCUGCCAAGGAUUUCUGAGCACCCUGCUAACCAGACUCCUCUCCUGGGGACAACCAUUGCACAAAUGUUGCUAAUACUCUAUGACUAUUUGAGCUCCUAACAGCAAAAGGACAGCAAGAAUUGGUGUAUUUUGAGGCUUUUACAAAACUGUUCCAGGGAAGGAAUUAGCAGCAGCAGCAUCUUGUUUAAAACAUUGACAAGGCAGGGAAAAGGAGCUGCAGAAAACAUACCUAUGUCCUUUUUUUUAAAAUUAUUAUUAUUUUUUUAAUUUUCUCAAGCUACAGAGAACACUAUCAUUCUGUUCCUGGUAUUGGUUCUCAAGAUUAUACAGUUUAAAUAUAUAUGUACUUUGCAGGUGGUUUCAGAUUUCCUGCUUUUUUGUUUUGAAUCUUUCAGUGCUACAUUUUAGCAGUCUUCUAAACAAGUACCCAUUUGUUACCAGCCUCUUGGCUCACCCCCCAGCCUGCAGCCUACAUCAAGCUGGGGCUUUUUUAAUAGGUUUGACGUUUCCUCACUCCGUUUGAGAAUUUCAUUUUAGCCAUGGUAACAAAGCCUAGUAAGAAAAAAUAUAUAUAUAUAAAGAGGAGCGGGUGCAGCUCAGAAACCUGUGUUGAGACCUCUGACACUUAUUUUGGAAAGCAGGUUUAGUAUAUACGUUGGAAGACUCGCCAGCUUUUUCCAAUGUUUUUGUACUUCCCUGGACACUUGGCCAGCAGUCUUGAGAGUGUUUGUUUGGGUUUUUUGCUGUUUUUUCCCAAUCACAGGGUGUCAGGGUUUUCUUACAAGUUUUUUAUUUUGCUUCAGGUUAAGUGGUGUGUGUAGUGUGCAAGAAUAUUAAACCAAGUGUGUUUUUCCUUUGCAAUAUAAACAAGAUGUUUUCAACAAACUGGCUGGGAUAACCACCUCGAAGAUGAAAUAACAAUGGAACCUUUAUAUUAAGUUGGCUUUUUUUUUUUACCUACCAUUAACUUCUAAACAUUUAGUCUUUAGAACUUUUUCCCUAAUCUUUUUCUUCCUAAAAAAUGCUGCCACAUCUUCCACUGUUUGUCUUGAUAGUGCAUCCAAGUAGUACUGUAGGAGUUUUGUUUUGUUGCUUCAUUCUUUUAUUAUGUUUACCUCUUAGGCUUCUAAAUUUGUUCAUGCAUUUUCUUUUCCUUUUGACUUUAGGAGGAGUACUGUAUGUGUUUCUGAGAUACUCAAUUUUGGUCAAGUCUAGUCUUGGAAACUGGUCAUCCUCAUGUAAAUGAGUCCCGCUGACCCGAAAUGAGCGUGUACUGCUCAAGUAAGGGCUCUUUGUGCAAGUAAACCUUAGCUGGACCAGGGUCCAGGUAGCAGCUGAGGACCUGUUACAUUUCCAAAGCAGCAAAGAGAUCAGUGUUGUAUAUCUCACAUUCACUGUAACUCAUGUGACCUUACCAUCCAGGUUUCUCUAAGUGGAUUGAAAUGCUGGUUUUGUGGCAGAUGGUUAGCACCUCAGGGUAUGGGUCCUGAUUGAGUAGAAGGUAAUUUUUCUUCUCUUUAAAGAGGAGAGGUUCUCCAGGAACUCCCUGGUACCCCCCAGGAGCAGCUUUCUUAUCUGUAAAUGUGUGCGUGUAUUCGUGGGCAGGAAAGUAAUCCCGAGAAAACUAAGUUGAAAUGAAUUCAAAAAAAACAAAAGCUGUUGAAAUGCAACUUUGGUCCUGAAUCUGAAACAACAUAUGCAGAAUCUGUUGCUGUGACUAAAUUGACUUUUUGCACAAAAUACCAUUUCAGUUUUGUACAGUUUACCUGCUACAGUUUUGCAAUGACAGAAACCUUAUUGCCUGAUGCUGUUAGAUCAUAUCAGUCAUUCCUGCUGUGAUCAAAAUACAGAUGUCUGAAGUCCAAAUCCUCGUCUUUUUCCUUCACCUCCAUUACAAGGCUUCUCAGUGCAGCAGAAGGGUAUUAGCAGUAAUGGGGGAAAACUUGUAAAGCUUCCCUGGCGUUGACAAACCCCGCUUCCCUGCUGUGCUGAAUUCAUAUCCAAACCUAAAAUGCAAACCCUGAACGAUGCUGGAGCAGAGCUGUUGGUCGGACUAGACGGCAGGAGCCUAACUGGAGAUCUUUAGCAGUCUUGCUAGUUGGUGUCCCUCACGAUGUUUUCCCCAAGUGUCCUGUCCCUGUAAAUACCAGUGUUGAUGAAUUUUACCAAAGUUCCUCUGCGGUAGGUGAUAGGAAACAGCCAGGUCCAUCUCGUAGUGACUCUCCAAGCAGAGCUUUGUCUACAGUAGGAGUCAAGGGUCCGUCUGUCUACACUGCUGUUAAAACUGAGUCAGGGUCCUGUUAAAAUAUAGCUCUCUGUUUUGUGGUGUACUUGGAACUUUAAACCUUGUGCUACAGUGACUAGAGCUUCUAAUCCUUAUGUGAAAAGUGAUUUAAGGUUUCAUCUGUGAUACAAAAAAGUACCACAGCUCCUGACCAGGUGGAGCCUGUUGUUAAAACUGUCAUCAGGCCAAGGUAGACCCAGCUUCACCCGUGGCACGCAGCAGCCGACAUCCCUUCGCUUCCACGGUUUGCGUGCGCGUUUUCAUUGAGCUAUGCAGGAAAGUUACUCUCUAAAAAUCCUCCAGGAUCCUGUGCUACGUGAGCAAGCUUCUAACGAUUCAAGUGCCCUCUGCAAAGAGCCAUUUUCACCCCGCGUGUGUGUGGCAGUUGGGACUGGUGACAUUCAGCAGUGUUAGUGCUCCUGUUAACGUCGUAGCGAGAAAGGGAGUUUUGUGACUCGACUCUUGACAGCCCUUCCGUACGUGAACACAGAGCACUCCGGGGAAGGGGGGGAGAAGGACGAACGCGUUGUGCCAGCCAGCAUUAAGUAUUUUUGCAGCAAACGCUCUUGACUGUGGUGGACAGACGGGAAGGGAGGAGAUGGGAGAAGUUUGCCUGGAUGCGCAAUACAAGGAGGCAGUGCAUAGCGAGAAACAUUUCCUUGAGCACUAAACGCCUCAUCUUGGGUAUUAGUAUGUGUUGUCAUGUUCACAGAACUCAUUUCUUCAAUUUUUUAAAGUUUUUUUUUUUUGUAUUUUUUUUUUUCUUCUUAAACUGAGACAAAGUGGAAGCUUCAGUAAGAGCAGGUUGCACAGCUUGCUAGAAUAGCUAUUUUAGUGACAUGGUUAUGAUAUUAUGUGCUUGCUUUCCCCUCCCUCUCCCUGCCAGAUACGGCUUACCCUUUCUAUAUAAGGCGUCAAGUGUGGGUUUUUUUGUUUUGUUUUGGGGAUGCGUGGAGAAGAAGCAAAAUGAAGUGAAAAAUGCAAGCCAAGGUAGAACAGCCUUACUUUAGGGGGGUAGCCUUACAACAGAGCUUUAUAGUGAGUGUGCUGUAUUCCAAAAUAUGUAAGCCAAAAACAAAAAAAAAGCAUUCAUUUAUGCAAAAAAAAUUAAAAAGAGGUGUUGGAAGACUUCUUUAAUAUGUACCUUCUAAAGGUAGCGUAAGGUCUCACCAAGUGAUACGUUAUCGUGAUACUUCUUGCUGGGUCAGUAGGGAUGGGUCGGGGUAUAAGCGCUUAAUGUUUUCCUCCUUCUAUGUUUUUACAAGCAGUAAGUUAAAUGUGGUAUUUAUGAAUGUGCCUUUGUGAGUAUAGUGACUAAUUGAGGAGACCGCUUGGGCUGGAGGGGAGACAAUGGUCAAUUUAUUCUUUCAAGAGGUCAGACGUUGAGAUUCCAGCCCACUGGUCCCUUUCGGCAAGCAGCAUCUUUGGGCUGGUCUCUACACUGCACAAUACGUAUUCAUAUGUGGUAGAGAUCGGGGUGGGGGGCGAGGAGGGACGUCGUGUGAUGCACAGAAGCUGUUGGUAGUUUUAGGCUAGGCUGCCGUUGCAGGUUGAGUUUGUACAUGUACUACGUGGCUUCUCUUUAUGUUGGUGUGCAUGAGUGUGAGUGCGUGUGGCUUUAUUUUUUUGUAAGCACUGGAGAAUUGAAACACAGUGAUGUUUGAGACAAAUUUAUACAUGUAGACAAGAUGAUGUUUUGUAGCUUCUGUUAAAUAGUGGGUGCAGGCACACUUUUAUCCUCUGUCCGUGUCCUGAUAAGAGAAACAGGAAAAUUUAUUUUUUUCAACCCUUCAACUUCCAGCACACUUAAUGUUGCCAUUUAAAUGAACAGGGUAUUACACAAGAAGAAAAAGAGGUUUUGAAAUGGUGAGGUAGAAGUGUUUAAAAGGAAAAAAAAAUCUGAAGUAAUUUUUUGUUUCUUCAAAGCUAUUUGUAGCUAAACAUGGGAAUCUGCAGUGUCUCCUUCCAUUUGUUUUUUUUCUAAUAAUUCACCUCUUCGUCCCACCCAAACCGAGGUGUACGAGAUCAAGAGCUGUUGCUGUAGCCCCUCGCAAUUCCCACCCUGAAAAGCAACUCCAGUGGGAUCCCUCAGCUCUAUUCAGGAAGACAAAGAGAGGAGAGACUCUGCAGUUUUCUUUGCUUCGCUCUCAUUCCUCUCUAAUGGCCUUGAAAUGUAUUAUUAUGCAAAUGUGAAUUUUGAUACUGAACUUAAGAAGAGGUUGUUUGUUCUUUUUUCAAAAAAAAAAAAAAAAAAGGUCCCAUAUGUGGUCAGCAUUGCUUCUUUAUUUUGUAAGUGAAUUGUAAACUAUGCAUUCUGCAAAGGGGGCGUAGGGGACGAAGAUAGCUUUGCUAAACUGUUCAGGAGUUUCUGUGUCCAUGGUAGAUCCGUUACAGUUUGGGGGGGUGGUGAAGUGAUAACUUGGAAAUAGAAAGGAGUUCGUAAGAACUUCUCAUGUUCGGAAUUUGGCCACUGGGCAGAGAUUUGGGGAAACGAAGGUCAACUACAAAAGAAAAUUGGCUCCAAACCUGCUGCAGGAUUGUCAAUUGUAGCCAUGCAGUGUUAACCCAGGGCCAGUAGGGUGACUGGGACACCAGCUCUAUCUGGGGAGCGAUCCGCCGCUGCCUCCUGUGUUCUGGCCCCGGUCAAGCUCAGGAAAACACGGUGCCGUAGGCACUGGCUUCUUUGGAUUUACUACUCGCUUUCCAUUACAACAGUCUUGCACUCUCCCAGGAGAAUUGGGACGCGGCUGGUCCUUCUGUCUACAUCCUCUUUUCCCUAAAAUUUUCAUUGCUGCUGUUCCUGGCACAGGUCGAAUGGUGGCGGCACAGCUAUGGACAAGGCGGUGGAGGUAGUACUGGUAGUGCUGAUCAAGGCAUGACCGUGAGGGUUGCAUUUUUCAACAUUGGCAGUGUGUGAAAUUUUGGGGAAUGUAGACUGAUGUGUAGACAAGGCUCUGUUGAAAGGAAAGGAUCUUUUCAUCCAUUAAGUGGUUGGUAGCAUAAUGGGCAAAAAAGGAUUCACUUCCGCACAUCUCCAAAAUGCAGCCAUUGUGUGAAUUUCUUGCGUUCCUUGAAGCUCGCUGAGCUUCCAGGAGCAAUCUCCUCAGAAAAGUGUAGAUCUCGCUGCCCUCUUCAUCAUCUUACUAGGGACCCUUUGUUGACUUGACUUUUUCCUUCGUCCAUGGUGUACCAUGGUACCUGCAUUAUCCUUGGCAUUAUCUUAGAUGUAAUAUCAUAAACUGAGAGGUUAUCCUGCCUGUAUUCAGUGUUUUCAUGCAGCAAUUUUAUUUUUGUUGACGUUCACAGUACUGUAAUAAGUAAGAGACUUGAUGAUCACUCUCGCAUCUGCGCCUGCCUUGCAGAUGCGAUCUUAUCAGGGUUCCACUCUGUCAGAUUGCCUUCAACAAAAAAAAAUUUUAAAAAAGGAAAAAAAAAUCUGAAGUUUCAACUCACAAAAAUACCUCGUGGUACAUUUCCCCUUCUGACGUAACCAUUUAAAUCUUAACAUUUUCUUCUAAACUUAAUAGGUUUUCAUUUCCAUCUGUUGUCUCCUUUCUAAAAAAGAUGCUUGGAAUAGUGGUUUUGAGCACAGGACCAGAAGCCUGGAACUCCUGACUUUGAACAUUGGCCCUUAUUCUUCCCUCUUUGGCCUUGGGCAAGUCAUUGAACUUCUUUGCCUUUGUUUUUUCAUUUGGAAAACAGGGGUGAUAAUAAUACUUACCUACCUCACAGGGGUUUUGUGAGGAUCAAGUAGUACAUGUUUGUAAAGUGCUUUAAAGAUUAAAAGCAUGAUAGAAGUAUUAAGAGUUCUUACAGCAAGAUAGCUCAGUUCUUUUUACAUUGUUUGCUUGUGUGGAGGGAGAGAACCUACGACAUUUUCUGUGAUGAAGCCAUUAGACACUCAGAUCCUAAAUGACAGAAGUUGAUGGAGAUUGUUACUCACGCUCCUCCUGUCUUUGUGCCAGUUUCCUCCUCCCGCUCUUCCUCGUAUCGUUGCACCAGUUUUGCUCCAGGUCACACGUCUCUAGUCAUACUUCUGGAUAAACUUUUGAACUUGAAGUACUUCGAGCUUGCUGCUUCUUUCACCAGAUCUCCACGUUGGAAUCCGUUCGUGUGCUUCUCCCUGCCUUCAAACAGAGUUUUUGCUAAUUGUCAUCCUCCAUCGGGCUCAUCUCCUCCUGCCGCCACGAAGGGGAGGUGGUGGUCUGGGGCUGCAAUACGAAGAGCCGCUCCAGGAGCGAAGGGCACAGCAGCUUCCCAUGGCCUUCCCUGAGCUAACUUCUCGGCGUGUUGUCAGUGACACUUCAAGUACGGUGUUUCUUUUUGCUCCACGGCAGAAGCCAUCAGCUGCCAGCGAGAUGUAGGAAUAGGGAGCGAUGGUCACUGCUGCCCGCGCGCCUUCCAGCCUCCCACAGCCUCUCCGGGAGCGUUUUGAGGAAAGGAUCGAACCCAGCGGCUGUCGGGGAGCCUCUGCUACUUCCUCCCCUCUCCAGCCCUGUGGUUACCCUUUCUUCUUCUGUGGAUGUGCACCUCAGGGGUGUGCAUUUGAUCCCCCAUGCCUUUGGGCGUUUGGCCUUUGAAACACCAAGGGAAGGGUUUCCGUGUCCGAAACCUCCCCGACGCUCCCCGGUCCUUUGUCCCGUGCUGCUCCCUGUGGCCUUAGGAUCAUCCCUGUUGCCAGAUGCCACCUGCUCCAUCUCUGCUCGUACUUGGGACGAAACACACGCAGCGGUCCUGCAGAGAAGGAAGCCGGAGCGAUGUGGGUGCACCCGUGGGGUUUACACACGCAGCCCUUGAGUUUUUGUCACGGCCUGCGGGGCGCGUGCGGAGGAUCUGAGGCGCGAUGCUUUUUCUUUCUCGUUCAGAAAACCGAACAAACGGCAGCGCGGCUGCUGAUGACAACUCUGUAAUGUUUACUUUGGAAGAAAUGUUAGGUAUUUUCCCCCAAAGAACCAAAAAUUAAAAAAAAAACAAAGUAAUGAAAGUAACCAAAUGUAAACGUCCUAGAGGGAGGGAAGUGGAGGAGGAGAAGCAGUGACGGGGGGAGCACUCUGGUCUAUCCUGAUCUCCACCGCUUGGCUGGAGAUGCGAAAUGCUGCUCUGAGUUCCACAAACAUAAGGGAUUAUGUUUACAAAGGUAAAUGCCUUCUACCUGUUCAGGAAACUGGCUCACGGUGGGCAUCAGACGUCUGGCAAGCUUCUCCUCAUUGCCAGCGGGCAAUGGGAGAAGGGUGUGUCUGGAAGAGGAAUGGAGAAAUAGGUUAAUUUCAUCUAAUCUUUGUAGUAAAGCAGUGCCACCUUCCUCUCUUCUUCUUCAAAAAAAGACAGGUGAAGGGAGGAGGUUGCAGAACAAGAAAAUCGGUGAUGUCCAAACUGGCUGGAUUAGAAAAGGCAGCUUUUCUACUUUGCACAUAACUAGGUAACAGGAAGGUACAGCUCAAGUCCUCUUGCCUGAAACACUGUCCCCCAGAAGCAGACAUUGUAAUAAUAAAACUAGUGGCUGUGUAUAUUGAUGCUCUUCGCAAGUUACCUAUAAGUGUUGUUUUUUUUUUUUUCUUAUACUUGAAAUAGCUUCCUCUUAACUAAACUCUCACCGGAGCUCUGGUUUCUCCCCUCCUUCUCCAGCGCGCAGUAAAGCAAACAGAUACAGGACAAACGGGGAGGAUGUAGAGGAGAUGCCGUAGUGUCUUGCAUAUAGCCAGGGUUCAUCUUAAUUUCCAUCCCAUACGCUCUCAGCUCUUUGAAUUUCCUUUCCUGAGGGUUUUCCAUGGACACAGAAACUCAGCACUUUACAAGGUGCUCUCGUAUGGCUGGCUGCCCCCCCCACCCCCUUCUCCUCCUUUUCUAUAUUUUUAUUUUACUUUUAGUAUAGUGGUACUUAAAAUCACUGGUUCACGUAAAAAGAAAAAGAAAAAAAAACAACCAACAAUAAAAUGUUUAAACUCUACUAAUGUACAAAUAAGCUGAAAUGUUGCAUUUUAUGUGUAUUUUUGCCAUAGCAGGUACUGUAUUUCUCAUGCUGGAUUUAGAAAAAAAAAAAAGAAAAAAAAAAAGAGAAAAAAAAAGAAAAAACGAAAAAAACAAACAAAAAGGGUGAUGUUUUAUUGGAGUGUGACAAGAGUAAUAAGGAAUUAAGUCGUCGUCAUUUCAUUGAAACUGAGAGAUGGUGUAAUACAUAUAUAAGUUUUCUGAAGGUUUUUUUUGGGCUUUUAAACAGCUUUUUUUUUGUUUUUAUUUUAUUUUUAUUUUUUUUUUGAAAGAUAUGAUUGUAUUAUGUGCAACUCAGUUGCUUACAUUAUAACUACAAAAUAUUUUUGGGUUCCUGGAAAAAAAAACAAAAAAAAACAAAAAAACGAGAAAAAAAAAAGUAAAAAAAAAAAAAAAGAGAAAAAGACUAAUAAAUGUGUUUGGCUGCUA